AUGGCGCUGCCAGCUGCCAUCUGGGAAGGGAGGCACAGUGCUCUCGCCGAGAAAGCGAGAGAAAGGAAAGGAGGGUGGGGGCAGGCGAGGGGGUGGGAGCGGGGCUGGGGCUGCCGCGGCGACGAGCCGAGUGAGCCGGGAGCCUCGGUGACGGCAGCGGCUCCCCCCUUCCCCGCCUCCUCCGCCCCCGGCCCGGCCCGGCAGCGCUCCGGCGGGAGGAGCCGUGAGCCCGGCCGGCCCCGCUGCCGCACCCGCGGGUGCCGGCCCGGGGCAGCUGCGCUCCCUGGGCACGCAGUGCUCCGUCCCCCGGGGCGCUGCCGGGCAGCGGCCGCUCCUCUGCCCUCGGGCGGGGACUCGCCUCCCAUCUCACGCGGAGACCCACCUCACCCGCCGCCACCGCGCCCGUCCUCCCUCACCCAUCUCCGGGGACAGAGCCUCUCAGCUCCGCCGCCGCCUCGCCCGCGGGGCUGCCGUGUCCGCCCUCCCUCCUCGAGGAUGUGCUUUUGAGGUUGUCAUUUCUGAGAGGACUUGCAUGUGGGAGAGAAGACGGCAAAGCAGCAGAGUACAGACAGAGUUGGAUACCCAGCCAUAACAUCACAGAGCUAUUUUUCUGUGGAAAGACACCUACUGUCAAUUACAGGAAAAAAGAUGUUGGGAGCAAGAAAUUUGUCUCGUGAGGAUUAGACAUGCUGCCAUCUGCAAUAUAGACAUUUCUAUCAGCGGAUAUGACCAGGAAAACCUACUGUUUAAAUUCAAGCCUGGAGCUGGAAGAUCCCACCAUCCGACCUCACCCUUUCAGACCCCAGCCAUGUUCCUACUGGCCACCGCUGCAUUCCCAGCAAAUUCUUCCUGCAUCCCUUCAGGUAAGCCAUAGGGGAAUACAUUAGCCAUCCUCACUCUACACUGGCUCUUUGGAGUCUAGACAGACUGCAAUACUCCCAAAUGUGUCCAUUCUUCAAUUUUUUUUUAAUUUCUUCAACAAUUAAUUCUUGGUCUGUACCCUGACUCACUGAGUGCUGUACUUCUCUUAAGUAAUGCAUGCUAAUGAUCAUCUCCUCUGGAUUUUAUAGCUAGUAGUGGCGAAAGAUGAAAGCCCAAUAUUGCCUAUUAUACUGGGUCUACAGUCAGAUAUUAAAAGAAAAAACCCUCCAAGAUGACAUCUGUUGUAACCAAAGUUCAUAUAUUCCUUCAUGAAAAUUCAACUACAUAAAAAAAAAAAAGAGACUGCAAUAGAUGGAGGAUGAUUCAUGCUUAAAUAUACAGCCGAAUGCCACUCAAAAUUCUCUCUUUUCCCUAGUUCCUGCUGUUUUGUGAGUCCAGUAAAAGAAGAACUAUGAUCAGUGCUAACAAAUCUCCAUUUUCUCACCUUGCCCUUCAGCAUUUCAUUAAAGAUAACAGUAAAAUCUGGUGCUCUUUUGACAUCACACAAAUAGUAUUCCCUGGCUCUCUUCUCCUCUCUCCAGCAUGCUUUAUCUUUCACCACUCAGCAAAUCUUCACAUGAAACUAAUGUUUAGCUGCAAAAAAGAAGUGUAUGGAGGAUAUACAUGAAUACAGAAAGUAGCGAGACUGUUGCUGAAUGGCUCUUUUUGGAGAAAUUGGCCCCAUUUCAGUGGUUAGUGAACAGCUGCUUCACUGCUGAGAUUUAUCAGCUAAAGACAAGGUGAUACUAAAUCUAGCAAAAGCCAUAGAGAGCUGUGAAAACUGGAGGGCUUCUUUCUAGCCGUUCAUUGGAAGGGCAUGAGCCUAUGCAUUUACAUCCCAGAGAAGAAUGCCCAGGUAUGUAUGAGUAGCAGACCUGCUCCCUGCAGCUCCCACUGGGAAGAAUCUCUCUGCUGUGAAGGGGUGAUGCUAUGGAGUGCCAACUAGAAGCAAGCAAAGCAGAAGCCCUGAGGCAAGUGCCCAGAUUGAUGUCUGGCACAGUCUUCUGUAUCGCUGCAGAAUUAGGUUGGAAAUUUGAGCGAGGCGGUAGCAUUUCUAUACAGGUAGCAAGUGCUUCUUUGGACAAUCCCUGAUUUACAGCUGCUGUCUAUCCAUUUCUCUUGAUCAUUUUGGUCCCAUGGUCACCUUGGCUAACAUCCAAAACAAAUCUGUGUCUUCUGCUCCACCUGUGCAAAACCUCAGGCUGAGGUGGAAGCUGGAAAGAUGUGCUGGAUCAUAGGAGAGGGUAGGGUGCUACUGAAACCAUCACAAUCUUCCCUUUUUAAUGCUUGCAAAGUGAGGUGGGACCAUUUUUACACAGGGUUAUGUCUUCAUUAUGUGUUUUUGAGGAAUUUGCUGUAAUUCAGAAUGAAGUGAUUGCAGUUUUGUGGGAGAAGAUUAGCCUCCUAAGACACCAACACACCUCCAAAGCAGCCACAACUGGAUUGGGUAUGACUUGGUGGCACAUGACCGCAGGUUGCAGGAAUGAGGUGGGGAGUGUCACACUCAUGUAGUUAUCCUACAGAAACCACAGAAGAAAAAAAAAAAUUGAGCUGGGAUACCACAGACAGGAGAGCCAAUGGAGAGAAGCAGGCAGACAUAGAAGCCAUCGCCCAGAGGGAUCUGGGACUGAGCUGUGUUUUGUGCAACACAAACAUCUUGCUUACAUUGCCAGUUGUCAUUUGGCUUUCAUGUGCCCAUGAGUUUCACAGCAGGGUGUGAUCCUCAGGGAGGAUGCUUGAGGGGGGUGCUGCAAGGCACCAGCCCAGGAAUAUGGUGGUGAGGGAGGCCAGGUCAAAUAUGGCACCAGGCACAGGAAGCAGGAUGCCAGCCAGAAACCAUGAAGACUACUUUGAAGGCAAGUCCAUGUUUGGGUUUUUUUUUUCUUUCUUUCAUGUCACAGGAUGUUCUGUCUCCUGAGGUUUUUAUGGUUGCUCUGAUAAUUGAAUGAUUCUCUGUGGAAAUAAAAAUGUUAUUUACAAAAAUUCCUCACAAAAAAGUGACCAUUAACUGCCAGCAAUUUUUCUAAAUCGCACGCUGCAAUAACAACCAGAGCACUGAUUAAAACCAAGGGCCACCCCUGCAGAUACACAGGGAAAAUCACUCAAGGUUUCUUGCAAAUUGCAAUUUCACAAGCUGGCAACCCACCAAAGCACCUCAGCUCAGGCCUGGCCAGUAAAAGCAGAGGAACAGCUUUUUCAUGUGUUUCUCUACUAAGGUUUGGUGUUAAUGGAACAGAAUAUUCCAAUAACCUUUUAAAAGGUUGGACUAAUUCAUUUCUUUGGGUUUGAGAGUGUUGAGCUGCAUUAAUCUGGUUAUUGGGUAGUAAGUAAUAAGGGAGGCGACAUAGAGGGAAGCAAGGAGGUGGUUUAAGGUGUUUGCAUGUGGCAGUUGGUAUAAAAAGACAGAUGAGCUGACCUGUGGGAAAUUUAGCUUGCUGACAGGGGACAGACACCCACAAGGUUGUUGUCUCCCCAUUGCAUCACCAGCCCCUGAUCCAGGCUACACCUGCGCAGCUCCAGUACUAUCAUCCUGGGAUGAGAGGGAUAUGUGGGGAUGAAUAAUUCAGCUGCAAAUCAGCUCUCUGACUGCACUGCAUUUUUUUUCUGGGUUGCUAUUUUUAAUUUAGAUACUCCCACGUGUGUGUUUGGUGGAUUAAAGACAUACGAGGAAUAGAAGAAGGUGGCUGAUGCAGGCAGGUAGCAGAGCCUGAGGGUGGCAGAGGUUGAACCAGUGCUGGCUUAGAGCAGGUCCAGUGCCACCUUCCUGCUGAGAGCAGCACGGGGCUGAGCACCUCUGAGUCUUACUUACUUUGGUGGGAGCUGAAAGUGCUCAGCACUGCUUGCUUGGAUUUAUACCCCUGUGUUGGCAAUCACAAAGAAACAGCAGAGGUGUCCGUACAGUUAUAGUUGGAGCUGGAUGUCAGGGGAUCCGGGUUCAGUUUUGAGGUCUGCUACUUAACUCCUCUGCACAAACUUUGUAAAUCCUCUUUCUUGUAGUUUUAGGUUUGUUAUUGGGAAAGUUGUUACCACUGCUGCCUUUGGUCUGCCUCACUUUCCUCUGGGGAAAAAUCCAUUGCUGCUGGUUUAUAGCUACAGAAGAUAACUCAUGUGAGAGCCUCUUCUGCUGUUGGGUGGCAUCUUCCUGUAUUUUUUAAUCACAAACAUCAAAGGAGAGAGUUAUCAAGAUGGUUUAAGAGGAAGUAGAAAGGUUUUAGCUGCAGCAGCUCAAUGAGAUGAGGGACUGUAGGAAACAAUGGGAUGGAAAAACUUGCCUAUUUGGGCAAAAGGAAAACUAUCAUUAUAUGCUCAUCUUUAUGAGAAUCCAGAUUUCUGGAAGGGAGUGGCUAGCAUUUUGACUUGUACACUAGUUCCUACAGAUUAUAAAACCAAAGAUUAAAACAUAAAGAAAAUCCUGUCAUGUCUGAGAAUCUUUCCUUUUCCCCCUUGUUUUGUAUACAGAAUCCAACGAUGAGAUCUAAUACUAAUAAUAACUGUUUUUACAAAGUCUAGACUGCUUUUGCAAAUCCCUGGCUGGUAAAGGUAUUCAUGUCUUCCUGUGGACUCAGUGAAAGCUUUGAAAUUUAUAGUAGCUUGUUCCUUGUUAGGUUAUAUGAAGUCUCAACUCUUCAGCUGUAAGUCACUGGAUAUGGGGAACUUUUUAAAAAUGAGAUAAGAGGUAAGCAAGUAUUUGAAACCCAAAAUGAAUUAAUUAUUGUGAGAUCACUCCAUAGAUUACUGCUAAGGUGGUGUAAAGUAUUUAUGUUUUUGAGGCAUAAUGUUCUGUGCUACCCCUUCUCAGCAUCUACAUAAAGGUCUUAAUGAAAGAAAAGCCCUUCACUUCUUUCCCUAUUUCUUGAUCUUUGUGAUCAAGAAAAUCCUGGACUAAUGCUUAAUUGCUUAAUUCCAGGUCAGGAAAAUCUCGUGGUUCUCCCAGAUUUGGGGGGGAAAGAAGCAAACCAGAAAAUGUAGUGAUGUAGUGCACGUAGUGAACAGAAAGUGUAAUGAUGAAGAAGCCAAUAUCCUUUGCAAAGAAAGUCAAGAAAUUUCUCGACUAAUGGUUCACAAAGCCUGGUGGUCAGUUUUAACCAUGUGAUAUCCAGGGGAGUGGACCAAAAAGCAUUAUCAGUUACACUCCAUUCAGAAAGUAGGUAGUUGGACAACCAGCUAAAUAUCUAACAAACUCCAUUUGUCAUGCACCUUUGGCCUCCUCCUUCUCCUUGGAGAACAACAAACACCAAGUACACACCACACGGUGGUUUCUCACACCAAAAUUUUACGAAGAGUAGCUACAAUUUCAAAACACAAAACAACAUGCCAGACAAAUGUUUCUCUUUCUUUCUUAAGACAUGAAUUGAAUCACCAAAAAAAUACUCUUGCCUGCAGCCCCCAAACAAGUCUACGAGCAUUGAAACAGAAUCUGGCUCAAGACACAGAGCCCUUGGAGGCAUUAAGGCAGGAAUGAAUUGCUAUAUCAUUAGAAAGCCAAGACCAUUUGCUUUCUCAGGGGAUAUGAAGCAUUCAGUUUGCAGCUCAUACUUCACAAGACACCGAGCCAUAGCACUGCCCCAGUGCAUUUUGCAUGUCCACUACAGACCAUUUUAGGGUUUCUAAACUUAAUUAUUUUCUUCUCUCUAAUGGCAUGUCUAAAAGCAUGAUGUCAAUUUCUUAGAAACCUUUUUACCCACCUAAUUCUCCAUCACUCCUUUCAGAUUUUUGGAAAGUUGUUGGUAUGUAAAUUUUGCUUUCUAGUUGUUCUUCUCCAAUUUUGUUGAAGCUCAAAUGACUAAAGUGGCAGCCAUUUUCAACCUGUGAAUAAGCUGUAGUACAGUCAUUUGGUAGAUUUCUAUAAUGAAAGCACUGUCAUUUGAUUUCCCACCAGCAGUUUGGUAAGUCAGAGACUUCUAACAGCCUGUGGUAACCAUCUCCCAACACAUCUGUGCAGCCAGUGUCUGCGCUGGCUUCUAGCUCCAGGCUCCCUCAGCAUACCGAGAAGCUCCCUGAAACUCCACUGUGUUAGGAAGGUGUUUUGGAGACAUCACCCAACACCCUUUGCCAGCAUCACUCCAGGCAGGUCAUGAAAUGCUCUCAAAUAGGCAUUUGUGACAGUGGAUGCAUAGAGGUACCACCACUCUCUCCAGCAGUGUCACUGCUCCCCAGCAUAAUGUCAGGCACACCGUGUCCUGCAGUCCAGAAAGUGCUGCUGAGUGACUGUCCACAGUGUCCUGUGGCAAGUGUCCUGUGUUGAAUUAACACCUCAGCUGCAAGCAGGCAAGCAUGUGAGAAGCCCUUUGGUUUUUACUACAGAAGUGAGGAGUACUUCAAUGGAAGCCUGAAAAUGAGUAAGAAGUAGUCCUCAAUUAUUCUGUUAUUCUUUACACAAACACUAUGUUUUUUCUCCACAUACAGCAAAAUAUUUACAAAAGAACAAGCACUAAAAAUCCUGGACAGACCUUAAGAAAUCUUAGCAUUGUGUUCAUGUAAAAGCAGUGCUAAUGUGGGCUGGGGAUUCUGGUUGUCACGCUACCUUCUAAUCUUAACUCCUCUAGUGGGCUUUUGCAUGUUAAAGAGUAGAAAACAAUAUUUAAAUUAGCAUAGGUUAAUAGUAUAAGUAUCUGGUUUGCAAAACAUGUAUAAAAACUGCAAACAUUAUAUGCUCUGCUUAGACUUGGGAGUGUUAAUAGGAAAAAAUACAUCAAAAAAAAACUUUAGAAGUAAGAAUCAAAAGUAGCAACCUGACUGUACGAGUUGUGUAUAUGAAGUACAUGAAUGGUGUUUUGGUAUUUUGUUCACUUCAUGCAAAGCCUUUUUCACAAGUUCCAGCUAAACCAAAAAAGAAGUGGAAUGUGGCUACUGAAGCAAUCCUGUACUUCUCAUAUAGGACACAACAACAGGACACACAGCAUGCCUGUGGGUCUGCAUAACUAGAAGUGAAACUUGUCUUGAAUUCCAGAGUGUAACUUGGCAUGGUUGAAUUUAUUUAUGGCAACAGAAUCUAAAAUGAGCCAUAGUCUCCAAAGACACACUCUCAACUGUUAAAAGAAGAGUUGGACUCAUGUAAAAAGUCUUAUGUUGUUGAAAUAUAACUACUUAACAUUUAAAAUAUAUUUUCUUUUUUUAGAUAUAUCAUACAAAUCUCAAACAUCCUCUAUUAAGAAGCAAUAUACUCCUCUUUCUUAUACAGUUUUUAUGACAUCUUUUUCUAUAAUUUCAACUACAGAGAGGAAAUGAGUGGCAGGUUUCAUAAUAUCAAGUCCUGAAAAGGAGGUGUUAAUUGGUAUUUAAGAACUGCAGUCCAGAGCAUUCAAAUGUCCUAUUAAUUAACUAAUCAUUGGGAAGCAAGAGGAUUUCUAUCUAGUAGCAAUGGAUUGGAAUAGCAUAUGCAUUAUAGCUAUCAACCAAGUCCUUUCUAUGUAAUGGACAUAAUAUUUGUGUAGUCUACAUGGCAUUAAAUAUAUCUGUUGAUAGUCACAUUAAUAAAUCAAUAAAAACUGAGGGAAAAAAGUUAAAUCAUACUAAGUAAUCGUUAGGAAAACUGCCAGAUAUCAAACAGCAUCCACAAUGCAUUACCAAUCCUGUUUGCUUCCUUUCCUAAGAAAAUUAAAUUUAAAAUUCCUUUAACAGAACUCAGAGAUGCAAAUAGUGCUAAUGAAGAAUAUAAGGUAUCUGCACUUCCAUGAGACAGCGGGGUAUCAUAAUAGCAUCAUAACUCUCCCAGCUGUAAUAUAAGCAGUAUCUUAAAGCAGCACUAUAGUCUGUCUGCUGGACUGUGAGCAGGCAGUCCCCCUGUGCACACCAUCCCUGACACAGUGGUUUUCUGGGUCUAGUAUCUAGUUACUCUUGUGCUGGUUCUGCUAAGGCUCCCCCAGCUAAAUAGCCUUCACCAUUACCAGAUCAGCACACAGACUGGGGAAAAACAUCACACUUAAUGUUUCGUGACAUUUCUCACGCUCAGUUCUCAUGCACUGUUGGCUUUUCUGCAGCUUUUCCUCCUUGUCCAUCCAUAACGAGAAGCAGCAGAUUAGUAAAGGAACAUAAAAUAUUAAUUUUAAAGUGCCAAGAUGUCCUGCACCUUUCACAUCUUCCCAACAGUCCAUCCUACCCAGAGCGCACAGCUGAGCGAGGUGUUGACAAAAGCUACCCUUGGGGGAGGCCAGCUCCCUUCUUUGUCUCUUUCUGUAGGCAAAAGAGUCUGACUUAGGUAUGCUGUGUUGCCACUCAUGAACUUUCUCCCUUAGUGUAAAGCCUUCCUCAGCUAAAACAGGCCCUGGUGAACACAGACCCAAAGCAGGGGUCCCAUACACAGCUCCUCACCGGGCUGGGACAAAGUGACACACACAGUCUGGCUACUUUAGGUAUAAAAUGGACACAAUGCCCCAGUACAAGAAAACAGUCUGUUUAUCCCUUUCAGCACUACCUACUUUAUCACCUCAACCACAAGGAGUUGCCAUGGCUCAAUUGUAAAAAAAUGCUGAUAAAGAACAGCAUUGAGUCACCAUCCAUGACCAUCGUUCCUGAGUUUAGGUCAUUCUUGAGUGAACAAGUGAUUUUCUUACGUCAAUAAAGUAUGAAUCAAGGUAUGUGCUGAAAUUGCAUGUCCUUUGCUUGAAUCUGCUUUUUGGAACAGGAAGGCAUGGAACAUCCCCUCCUGCCUGUCUCUAGCAAGUCAUUUCAAUGGGAGUAAGAAACGCUGAGUGAGCUUAUCCGGUACAUCUGGUAUGCCUGCAAGCCAGAUUAGGGUUUUGCUGAAAAAUGUGCAGAAGAACCUUCCUCCUGUUGGAAUGUAAAUUUUUGUUUUUAUUAAAGCAUAAUGAGUUUUGGAGGGGGAGCAGAAAGUGAUUUACAGAAAUGCCAACUUUGCGCUACAUCUACGAGACCUUCAGGUUUCCUGCUGUACCCACAGGGUGGAUAGCAUGGCUGUAUCUGCCUUACGUUGUGAUUCCAAGCUAAAUCCUAGUGAGCAAGGCUCCCUUUUUAAAUGUUAGUUCCUAAAGUAAUUUUUCCAGGGAAAUAAGGACUUGCAUGACCAGUUACAGUAUUUCAAGAGGCCACCUGCAUUACCUAACCUAGGCCAGGCCCUGGCUUUCCAUGGAGAUCGUGCUACAUAAUAUUUUAUGUUAACGGGCUAAAUUUUGUCCUAAAAGUUGCUAGAGUAAUUGGAAGUGGAAGCAGUUUCCACUCCUGAAAGGUUGUUAGAGGACCUCUCUGAUCCAAUAAUGAGAACCUGCUGUUCCUUUCCAGUCUAAAUGUUAUAUGGUUACUCGGGGUUUUUUAUUCUUUUCCUUAAACAGCUCUUCUCUGUUGCUGGUAGUAGGCCAACCAAUAUAUUCUCAGAAAAAAUUCAGUAUCCUACCGUAGCUUUUAUUUUUCAGACUAAGCAGCACUUUAUGUAAUUUCUUGUGAUAUGUUUUAUGGAACCUCUGCACUUGUUGCAGAUUAAUUAAUCCUUCUCAGAGAAAUGUGGCAGCAGCUGUGUUGCAAAUGCACAUUCAUCCAUGCCUUCUACAAUGAAAUUUUCACUUUCUGCUGGAAAUACCUUGCCUGAUGUAUGCUGUGAGCAUGUACACAUUCUUCAUGGUGUCACCCCAUGGUCAAUUCAAUAGUCACUCUGUGAUCAUCUCUGACACCUAGAGUUCUCUCCACUUGAGUCAUCACUUGUCUCCCUUAGAAAAAUUCCUCCUUAACUCUGAAGUGCAUGCCGUGAUAUUCUGUUCCAAUCAAACACUUCUUCCCACUUUAGGUUUUAAUAUACAAUAGUCUUCUUACAUGUUAGCUAUGUCCCUUCAUCUUCAGAUUUGAAGAACACACUGACUCACAUGCUAACGUACUUAAUGAAAAUAUUACCAGCACUGGUCCUAAAAUUGACCCUUGAGGAAUUCACAGUAACUUGUUUCUUGACUCCUCUUCUUUCUCUUCCUCUGCCCUUUCCCAUUAGUCAGUUCUUCCUCACCUUUCAUGUCCUCUGUUAACCUCAAUCUUAUUUUGCUUCAUUAAUAUUUUCCCACUUAAGAGUGCAUCAACUGCUUUGCUAAGGUACAAAUGAGAUUUACCACAUUUUCUAUUUUGGAAAACCCAUUAUCUCAUUUAAGGAAAGCUAUCAGAUUAUUCUGGCACCAUGUUCCCUCGGUAAACCCAGGCUCCUUUCAUCUUGUUUUAUGUUUAACUAGAAAGAAUAAUUUAAUCAUUCUUUCUCCUUUGGUAAUUAUACUGUGUGUAGAAAUACAAAAAAAAUGGAGGUAGAUCACAUUCACUUCCAUUUGGAGCAUGUUUUUAUGCAUAUAGAUAGAAAAUGUGCAUAUACGUAUAUGUAUGUGUAUAUGAGUAUUAUGUGGUUUUAUAUAUAUACACAGACAACAUAUACAUAUAAAUAUGUGUACACAACAGCUUCCAAGCUGCACAGGUCUUUAGGAAAUACUAGCAUUUUAACUUGUCCAUAAAAUAAAGAUUUAUUAAUACUUAUUAAUUAUAAGAUUUGCAGAUAUUUUUUUCCUCUUCCACUCCAGUUCUUCUUCCAAAGCCA